AAACAAAAAGAUGGACUUCUCUCAGAAUUUUCUCUUGUUUUCUUCCAUAAAGUAGCUCUUACUGGUGAUUUUUUAGCAUAAAACUAAAAUUUUGCUUCGUUAGUGAAAAUUGAGAACUCAAGUUUUUUAACAUGGUCACGUAUUGUAAUCGUAAAUGUCCUGAAAAAGACUUUAAUAUUUUAUUCGUUGGUUGUUUGACUCGUAAUCCUUGUUCAUCUGUACACUCGAUGAAAAUUCUCUUCAGCGUUUUUUUGUUUGUAAAAUGAACAAUGAGCCUCUGCUAACAGUAUUUGAACCGUCAAAAGAACCUCGAACUAUAAAAUUACAACUAACCGAAGAUACCGAAAGCGAUUCAGCGGUCACCAUAUACGACGAGAACGGUUGCAAAGUAACCGAUUACAAAGUUCUGUACGACGAAACUCAGUCACCCGUUGAUACCGAUAAAGAAAAGAUAAUCUCUUAUAUCAAAGACUGGGAAUCUCAAGGAAACUCUGUGAACGAGAAACAAGCUCGUAAAAUAGAAAAACGUAAACGUAUUCAGGAAAAAAGAAAGCUCAAAAGAGAACGCAACAAGAAACGCAAAAUGAAAAGCCUUAUUCAUUGUAACUACGAUUCGAAUCCGUUGGCCAAUGCUAAAGAUGUGCAAGAAGAACGUGCUCUUUUGAGAGCGAUGAAAACCCAAAAAAACAGACUGAAAAACGUAUUCAAUAUAAAACCGAAUCGAAUUAUAAACUGUAACACGAACGUUCGACCGUUUGAGAAUUCCACUAUCGAGAUUGGCACUCGAAAAAAACCCAUCGAUGUAGUGGUAUUAGAUUCGGACGAGGAAAUUGAUUCGGACAGCGACGAUAUACAAAUAAAUAUCGAUACGCCGCAGCUAGUUCGACGUAGAAAUAGACCCAGCAAGAAUUUUACCAAUGAUUGCUCGUUUGGUAGUCAGAAUUCUUUCGUUAUUUCGACUUCGACUUCGACUUCGACUUCGACCACCACUAGGCGUCGAAAAAAACAAGUCGAUAUUGUUCAAAUUGUCGACAGCUCGGAUUCGGAUGUAGAAUGUAUAUCGUGCGAAGAGUUUAUCGAAUCGUUAAGCGACGACGACGACGACGAUGGUGAUAAUUCUUCGACCGCUAAAAAACCACGUUCGGGUGAUACCAACGUCCGAAAUAAAUCUGCACCGAAUUCGGAUGAACUGAUUUGUAUUCCCGAAGACACGGAAGCGAAUGAAGAGCUAGCGAGUUUAGUUGACAGUUUUGUCAACAAAUAUAUUCAAACCGCUUUGCCACCGCUUCCUGAAAUUUUACCCGAUGCCGAAUUCGACGCGUCGCAAAUUUUAAUCAGCGAACCAAUCUCACUGCAACCGAAACUGUCGCCACCAGCGACUAGCUUAUCUGAAAAAACCGCGAAUAGUACUGCUCAGUUAUUGAUUACGGGAUCGAUUUCGCUGCAGCCCGGUGAUCCGCGUGUGGCAGUUCUCGAGAAAGCUGCGCCGGCCAUCACGAUCUCGGAACCAGAUUCCCCUCAAUCGGUCCCUCGGACGCGAAAUAAAUCGAAGCAAAGCCCGAAACAAGUAACUUUCAUUAGUACGGUAGACGAAAAGGAGACGAACGACGACGAAUUAGUAAUAAUAGAAAACGAGCUGUCGGAUAACGAAUCGCUGAUUCGGGAUCUGAUCGACGAGCCAGUUGAAUCAGAUCCGGCUAUCGAACACGAAGAAUGUCACGAUUCGUCGGAUGACUGGGACGACGUUGAAAUUUCUUCGAAUGACAACCUGCGUACGCUGAAUGUGAUAGAAUUUGAUUCUAUUCCAUCGCCGGAUUACACUCCGUUCGAUAGUAUUCCGGCGACAGCCUCCAACUUACAAGCGUUCGCCGCGUUCGUUAAAAGUCGAGAGAAACAAGACUCGAACGAGAUUAAUAAGUCUGAUGUAUCCGAGGUUUCCGACGAGGAGCUUCCGGUUAUAUUAGAAGAGUCGGUGAAAUCUACGCCAAAAGCGAGCACCCGAAGUUCGCCACCGCUCGAACGUCGUUCGCCCGAGUCGAAUAAAAAUUCCGGUGCCCCUUGGCGGAAACGUUCCCAAGAUACGUCGUCGAACGAAGUACACGUUGUUCAGCAUUCUCCUGCGAUUCGUAAACAAUCCACCGAAUCGCCGAAGAAACGCGAUCGUACUCCACCCUGGGAGGAAAUUCAAGUCAUCGAACCGUUUACUGCAAAUCGCCGCAAACCUUGGGAGAAACGUGCUUGCGGCGAAUUCAAACAAAGCCAACCAGCCCAACAUAGUGCCGCUAACGAAAAUCGCUGUUCAGCGCAGUAUUGUCAGACGAGAUCAACUUCCGAAACACGUCAGUCUGAAAAACCGUACCAAGUCAACUCCGAUAACCGAGAAUACCGACGAAAUACGUUUUCCAAUCCGAGAUAUUCGAGAAGACCGUACCAGAGCCACCAGAGGAACGCGCUUCCGCCUACAAAUUCGGCCUCCUUAGAAUUUCUCGAUAAAAACUCGAUCCGAAUUGGCGAUCCGGAACCGGAAUCGGAAAAAUCGACCAAAUUGAAAAGCACUAUCGUAAGUGUAGAACAUGCACAACGUAAAGUCUCUCCAAAAAUCAGUUACGAAGAUGGACGUGAUCGCGAAUCAAAUGAGCCCUACCAUUCAGACAAUUCGCAAAAUAGACCAUUUCAUCGAAAAUACCCGCCCGAAUGGAGUAAUACCCCUGACGAGGUUUGGGAGAUAGAUCCGCCGUAUGGCCAAAAAGAAUGCGAAUGUAACGCUAAAAAGUCGCAAGAAUGCGACAAAUCAGCGGUACAAGAUGACGAUCAAUACGUUCGUAACGCUCAGCCAUUUAAACGUUGCAAUAGCUACUCUACGGGACCAUAUGAAAAUAAGAGAUUCGCGCCUGAACGUAAAAGGUUCCAUCAGGAACCGUACGAAGAGCAGAAAUUCACGCCUAAACGUAAUAGGUAUCAUCCAGAAGCGUACGAAGAGGAUAAAUUUCAUCCCAACUCGCGGUUCAACAACGAUCGUAAAAUACCGUGGCGUAAUAAUCAAACAAAUCGUGACGGUACGAAUCAACGUGGUCAUUUCCGCCGUAAUGAUCAGUACUAUAAUCGACAGAAGAACUACAACGAAAACGAUUUCAAUCAAAGUAAUCGUUAUCAAAAAUAUCCAUCUAAUCAAUAUCGAAGGUACGACAAUCGUUACCCUCAGAAUCAACGUUACCCUCAGCGUCAGACGUCCUCGUCAUCGUAUUCUUCGAAUUACGAUUACAAAAAUCAAUCCCAAACCCAAUCGUGGUCGUCGUCCUCGUCGUUCCACCAGACUCGCAGCUCGCAGACGCAGACGCAGAAUACUACCCAAGAAGCGUUGUUCACAAGACGUCCCGAAAAAUUCAAUUACAAAGCGAAUGUAGACGAUUUUGAUGACCACGAUGAUCGGCACGAGCAACAGUCUUGUUACCAGGUCGAAAGUUACGAGCUUAACGUGGCUCAAAAGUUACAGUCUGGUCUCGGUGACGAAAUUGAGAGUUCGUGGGAAAAUAAAGUCGCUUCAGAUUUUGUUCCAGUCAACUCUAACGCGUCGGUUGCGUCUCCGCCGUGGCAUAGUGAUAGCUCUAAUUCUAAUUCUAAUUAUCGCACUAUUAAAGCGAUUUCCAGAAGAGACUUCAUUAAUGAUAAAAUAAAUACGAGAAAGUAAAGUGGUUCUGUUUUUUUAUUACCUAUAUUUUGUCAGUUUUCAUUGUUCGUUUACCUAUUUUAAUUCUAGUUUCUAUGUUUGUUUUACAAGCCAUACGAAGUGUUGUUUAUUUUCAUAAAAUAUACUUAAUUGAUAAAA